CAAAGCUUGUGCGCGAAUGAAAUUGAAUUUGCUGCCAUCAGUCUGCCACAAGCUUGUCUCGCGAGCGGACGCUUUUAUCUCGCUGCUCUGUCUGGCCUGCCUAACGACAUACAACGCAAGCGCCCGAAACAAGUUUUACUCAUUGCCUUCGCGUCGCGUCGUCUUCAGUCUCAGUCGCUCAUAUCGUAAGCGUAUCGUAGCGUAUCGUAAAACUGACGUAUCGUAACCGUGUGCACUGCGAACUGCGAGCUGCGACUGCGCAAAGUGUUUCGUAAUUUUCGGCAACAGCAACGGGGCAACACUGUUUGUGCCAGUUUCUUUUGUGGACGCUUUUCAUUUCGAAGCGUAGUUUUCGUAGUCUCUCUCUCUGUGUGUGUGUAUGUGUGUGUGUGUCUGGCAAGUGGAAAUGUUUUGAAAUUGCCCCACAUGCAGCAGCAGCAGCACAUGCAUUAAGUGUUGAAAUUGCAAAUUGCAAAUUGCAACACAAACGCGGCCAAGUGAUGCGACAGGAGAAAAGACAUUGCUGUUGCUGCCACCACGUGAGAUUCGAUUCGCAGCUGCAGGAUUAUGAGAUCGCAUGUGACCGUUUAUCGUGCGCCCGACAACGCCACCAACAUCAACAAUAUCAACAACAACAACAGCAAUGCUUGCCACCAUCAGUUUGCCCGAUAUGCGUUGCAUGCCCCACCACUACCGCCGACGACAGCCACCUGGAAUACGGCAGCGCCAACAGCCUACAGUCUGCACGGCAUCAUGCCACCCAAUGCGGCAGCUGCACCGACACCUCCUCAGCUGGUGGUGAAUCAGCAGCGCAUCAAUGAGUGCGCCGGCAUACCGCUCAUCUCGAAUGCCUGCAACCAUUUGACGCCGGCGCAGCGUCAGCGUAUGUUGCGUAAAUCCAGCAGCAAAGCUUGGCCAGCGACGGCAACACACGCGAUGUCCCAAUUGGCAGCGCAUGCGCAGGGUCAGCCCUUGUUGCAGAACAGCAAACAGCAGCAACAGCAGCAGCAUCUCCAUCAUCAUCAUCACCAACUGCAUCAGCAGCAACAGUUGCCACAACAGCAGCAACAUCACCAGCAGCACUUGCAACAGCCUUGGCCAGCGCAUGCAAAUAGUUAUCAUCCCAUGCGGCUCAACAACUUUCAACUGACGGACAAAUCGCGUGUGCUGCGCUAUCAGAACUCGGCACCAGCCGUGCUCAGUACCCAGGAGAAGCAGCAGCAGCAACAAUCCGCGCUGAGCAAUACUCACAGCAGCAACCACAACAAUAAUAAUAACAACAACAGCAGCAGCAACAAUCCUGGUCAGGAUGCAACACCAGCGACAAUGACGGAGAGCUGCCUGCCCCGCAUUAUAAAGCCCCGCAAGCGUCGCAAGAAGGAUCGCAAGCCGGCCAAUGGAGUGUUGCUCAAACUGGACGCGGAAAUGCAGCCAAAGUUGACGCCACAAGCGGCACCAACGCUGCCAGCUGCGGUCUAUGCAGCACAACAAACGCAACUGUUGCCCAAUUGCGGCAACAACAACUUGCAGCAACACGAUCACAGUCAUGGAGUUUGCUUCUGCCGUGACUGUGAUCCAUUGCGUUCGCUGUGGGAUUAUCCAUUGCGUCGCUCGCACUCGGAUGCCUCGUCGCAGGGCCAGAGCAGCAACAGCAGCAGCCGAGGCAGUUGCUCCACAUCAUCAUCGUCGACGUCAUCGUCGUCGGAUAACUCGUGUGCGAGCUCGAUUUGCUCGCAGCAACAGCAACAACAACUGCAGCAUCAGCAUCAGCAUAAGCAGCAUGUGGCAAAUAGCUUUGACGAGACAACGACUACGGAACAUUUUGCGCCCAUCACCGGCGACAGCAGUCGAGCCGAAAUUGUGGGCGUGAUUGGAUCUCAACGCAGUCACGCCCACGUUGCCACAACGACAACGACAACGAAUACGGCUGCGACAGCGACAGCUUUGUAUCUGAGUGAUUCGAAUGAUUCGGGCUAUGGCGACAUCCUGAGCGGCAUGAAUAUUGCCAACGAUCUGUUUGCUAGCUGCUUUAAUCACGUUGCAACAGCAACAUCGGGUGGCGGAGGAGGAGCAGGAAGAGGAGGCAAUGCAAUGGAUGCGAAUGCCGAGACGCUGCUGAACGAAAGCAUCAACGAGAUUUCACGCAAGCUCAUCGAAACAUGUGCCGUCAACGAGCCCACAAACGCGGGAUUAGGCGACAGCAGCAUAGGGAGUGGAAGUGGAAGUGGCAGAGGGAGCAUUGCAAGUGGAAGCGGGAGCGGGAGCGGGGAUAGUGACAGCUGCUCGGCAUCGGCCAGCGACAGUGGCUUAGACAGCGCUGGCAGCUAUAACUCUGAGGCGCUUGUCUUCAACUUUGAGCAUUUGCAUCUGACGGAUACGAAUUUUGUGACGCCCACAGCAAUGGAUUUUCUAGUUGACUGCAACAACAACAACAACAACAACUGCAUCAGCAGCAACAGCAACAGCGGCAGCAGCAAGCAACAAUUUUAUAACAAUUGCUUUGACUUGGUGUGGCGCAGCAGCAGCAACAGCGGCAACAGCAACAACCACCACAGCGGCAACCAAGUGACAGCUGGCAAAAGCAGCAACAGCGAUAGCGGUGCAACCACACCCACAACUUUAAUACUGGGCACGGUUGGAAAAUUGAAGCCAGCAUUUUCCACCAUCUCGUGACGAGCAAAUAAAAGCAAGAACAACAGCGCUCAACGGCGACAACUGCGACAACGAGCAGCGACAGCAAUAACAACGAUAAGCUAAUCACAUAGACGAAAUCCAAAUCCAAAGCGAUGAAGAUGGAGAUGGAGGCAGGAAAAGUUUUACGACGUCAAACGCGCUGUGGAAAUUUGAGCUAAUUGCCGAAAGCCAAGUCAAGUUUUUGUAUGUGGGUUGGCUUAGGGACUGUGCGUGGGCGUGCUUCAUGUAUGCGUCGUCGUCGUCGUCGUGUGCGUUGCAUAACCGAAGAGAAGAAGAGAAAUAACCGUUAACCCACUAAUAAAGCGAAUCAGCUGGCAAAGGAGAAAUUGAAUGGAGCCAGCCCCAGCAAGCCGGGGCAAUAAAAACGAAACAAAACAAAA